GUCAUCAGUCAAUCGGCAGUAUUCGAAGCAAGUGGUCGGUGAUUUCACAAUUUUUAGUGCUUUUCAUGUCAAGUCACUGAAAGAGAAUAUAAUUUUGUGUUAAGAAAAAAAGAAGGAGUUGAGCAUAAAAAUACACCGGGAAAGAAUAAAUCAAAUCCCGGCCGCAUUUUGUGAUCUCUUAGCCUCUACCGCAGUGGAUAUUAUUUUAAAAUACUCACACUAUUCUUCGCUUUUUUAUCUGCCACACCAGGAGUUAUUGCUCAAAGUGAGGCACACGAGUGGAUGUGUAUUCAAAUGACUACACCAAACACGAAUGCCAAUUAAUUAGAGGUGAACUUUCAAGGGACACGGCCCACGCUUGAAAAACAAAUAAAAAAAAAUGAGGGACCUCAACACAAAAUGCUCGGUGACCAAGGAAACAAUCUACAGAGACGUGGUGGUUGUAGGAAAUGGCCCGAGUGGGAUUGCGCUGUCGUUUAUGCUAGCCGGGCAUUGGCCGUAUUGGAAUCCAAAAGAUGUCGAUGCGCAUCCCGAUGAGCUUCUAAGGGCACGGCUAAACUAUGCGGACAAUCAAAAGAGCCUGGUGGAGCAAGAUUUGGCCACACUGGCUGAUGGCCUCGAGGGCAGGAGUACAAAUCCAGUGAGCUUGCUCCUGGACAGUCUAACACAUCCCUGUGCUGAUCUUGGAAUUGAAUUGCCAUCAAUGCUCCACUACAAAUACCAUCCAGAGAAGAAGGUGGAUCAUAUUGUUAUUGGAAAGGGAAAAGCCGGAGGAUCGUGGCAUAGGAUGGAUCCCAAUUUGAGGACACUCUCCUUGUCUGCAUGGAUGUCACUGCCAGGAAUGGAUUUCAAUGAGUGGGAAGCAAAGAAUCCCCCCAAAGCAGCCCCUGAAGUUAAUCACAGGGAUGAGAACGGGGUGUGCUCAUGUGGAAAGGCAAUGAAUGGUCACUGCCAGAGGGUUGAUGUUGAGAAUAAUAAUUUAGCCGAGGAUUCAGCGGUGUGCCAUCAGUGUGCCAAGAAGCGAAAACUGCCAUCCCCAAGGAAGGCUUCAAUUCGGCAGAAUCACUCCAAAGAAGUCGAGACACGAGCACUCAUUUCACGCGUUGCUGAGUACUACGAGAGCUACGUGAGGGAGAUGGAUCUGGAAAGGUACUUCAUGAAUGAUGCCACAGUCACAUCCAUCACACCCUUCAGAUGUCCUCCGCGUGAGCUCUGCGGGCGAGCUAAUACAGCUCGAUGGAUUGUUAGUGGAAUCCGCAAGAAUAAACCUUUCACCAUUUUGUGCCGAAAUGUAGUUCUAGCCAAUGGAUCAUCAGACCUAGCCAAUCGUCUGGGGAUUCGUGGGGAACGUCUAGCCAUUCCAUGGCUCAAGCACGAAUUGCCGCAUCUUGAGGCUGCCCUAGAGGCCAUUCGACCUGCCGAAAGGCGCAACCUGAAGCCCGUUUUAAUUGUCGGAGCCGGGCUCAGUGCAGCCGAUGCCAUAACAAUCUGCCGGCAGUCUGGCAUCCAUGUUGUGCAUGCUUUUCGCAGUCGAACAGCUGGACUCGAUAAGAUGCUACCUGGGAAUGUCUAUCCGGAAUAUCAUGAAGUGCAUCGGAUGAUGAAGACCCCACAUGAGGCUCACAGCUGCUACACCCCAUUGCCUGAGCAUACAAUUGCCGACGUUAUCUCAGUGCCUUCCGCUUCUGGAGAAGAGAGACGUCGUGUCAUUGUACGGCAUAUCAAGACAGGCGAAACUCGUGACUUUGAAGUGUCCUUCUGUGCUAUCCUUAUUGGUGCUCGUCCUGACCUACGAUUCCUUACACCGUUGGCCACCCCAGCAGCUCAUGCCAUGGAAGACAUCACCCCAGAUUCGCCAAUUGAGGAGAAUCUCUCAUUCUUCGGUCGUCAACUGGCUUGGUUUAAGAAUCUCUGCGCCAAGUGCCGUCACAUGAACUUCUGUGAGCGUGUUCGACGGCCAGAGUACAAAAAGAUCUGUGGUCAUAACUUUGAGAAAGACAUGAAGGUGUGUGAAUGCCCACCUAGGGCAACAAGAACUGCCUCAGAGGACACGGUAACGGGCCUAGGUCUCGGGGAAGACCCCCAAGCAGCCAUUGAUGGGAAAAAUAACCCAAUUGCCGUGGAUAAGUACACAAAUCAUGUUCUACGGGGACCACCGGGACUCUUUGCCAUGGGUCCCCUUGUUGGGGAUAAUUUUGUGAGAUUCAUCCCCGGUGGUGCCCUUGCCAUUACAUCAGCCCUCCAGAAUCUCGAGAAUGACUGAGUUUUGUUGGAGAUGUGGAGCUUUUGGGAACACACACUUCGUGUUGCUCCGUCACAUGAUCGUUGACAGGAGCGUUUUUUGACAUUUAGAGAGACAGUGACAGCUCCAAGCGCGGGAAAGUUUAUCCUGCAAUUGUGAAAGAUGUUUUUCUUAUGACACAGUUAGGGGGAAGAAUUUAGAGGGGCAUAAUAAUUAUAUUUCUGUGCGAGGAUACAUCCUUAGAGAUCGCUCUUGGUGCUCAUAAGAUAACUUUUUUUUAAAUGUAUUUUUGACAUUUCUUUGAUGUAUUGUACUUCUUUUAUUUCUUUUUUAAGGUGUCGUUUUGAAAAAAAAAGAAAAACAAUUUGUAAGAUUUUAUUUCUUAAAAAUGUAUUAUUUUGUAAGUAAAAAAGAACCCGCAAGCUCAAUUUGUACACGUGCGACUUUUUAUGCCUAUAAGGGAAGAAUAUUUUUGUAUAAAAGAAUUGUUGACUUUUCAUUAGAAUUCCUUAUUGUUGAAAAAUUGGCUUAAAUGAAUCAAAUUAGGGAAAAAUCAUUAGAAAAUUCAAAAGAGAAAUAUAUUUUGAGUUUUUAUUAAGUUAGUUUUCUGCGAAAUUAUCACCUCGCGUUUUUGGCAUUGUGAAAUUCGUGAAAAAUAUGGGCAAAAAGCAAAGAAAAAGUAUCGAAUUUAUUGAAAAUUUUGGAGCAAAGCUUUCUGUAGCAAAAAUAUGUUUGUUUUCAAUGUUCUACAAAAGUUUGCCCAAAAAAUAUAUCAGCAAUCUUUUUUAUUGCAAAUUCUUCCUAAUUAAAAUUGCAACAUUGUUGAAACUUAAACUCUUUUGCGACUAACAUGAAACAUUUAAAUUCUAGUUUGAGUAAUUUCUUCUGAGAGUUUUGUUAGAGAAUUUUCUCAAUGGAAAACGUCUUCUAUGACCUCUUCUACGUAAUUUUAAAGCUCUAUUGUGUUGCAAAAAUAAUCAAAAUAAUUAUGAAUUAAAGAAAAUACGAUGUUUCAUGUAUGUUUCAGUCGAUAGUUUGCAACUUAGUCGCGAGAUGGUUGUGAAAUAGUAACGAAUAAGUCGCAAAAGGGUUUGUAGUAGAGAAAAAAAUCUGUAUUGUGAAUAAAAAAAAACACCCCUUCUGAAGAUUUUCGAUAGACUGACGCAACAAAAUGUACACUUUUAAUGUAUAAGAGUUUUGAUCAAAAACAUGAUAAAGAAAAUAUAUAACAACUGA